AUGUCGGUAUUCCAGCAAAUCAAGCAAUUCCUUCGCAACAGCACCAAUCGCUCCUCCACCAGCAGCGAUGACAGUGAAGACACUAUUUCACAAAGAGAAGCCAAAAAGUACGAGGCGGUUGCUCGACUUGUUGAAGAAGAAAAGUUGGCUCGACAACGACUCCCUUCCUAUGCUGGAUUGGAACGCUAUAAACUUGUGGAUACAUUGGGCGAUGGAGCAUUCUCGAAGGUGUACAAGGCAGUCGAUCUUGAGAAGGAUGAAAAUGUUGCCGUCAAGGUGGUUCGUAAAUAUGAAUUGAAGCCCCAACAGCGAGCAAGCGUGCUCAAAGAAAUCCAAAUCAUGCGCACUCUCAAGCACCAGUCCAUUGUACAAUUCAAGAGCUUUAUUGAGACCAAAGAGUACUAUUUUUUAGUGCUUGAGCUGUGUGAAGGGGGAGAGUUGUUUCAUCAGAUUGUGCGGUUGACCUACUUUAGCGAGGAGCUAUCACGGCAUUGUAUCCGACAAGUGGCGGAUGCUAUCCGAUAUUUGCAUGAAGAAAAAGGCGUUGUUCAUCGAGAUAUCAAGCCGGAGAAUUUAUUGUUUGAUCCAAUCCCUUUUCAUCCAAGGAAAACAGCACCACCACCCGUACCACCGGGAGAUGAAGACAAGGAAGAUGAAGGAGAAUUUAUCGAAGGCAUAGGCGGUGGUGGUAUUGGACGUGUCAAGAUUGCAGAUUUUGGAUUAAGCAAGGUGGUAUGGGAUCAACACACAAUGACCCCGUGCGGUACAGUCGGCUACACGGCCCCAGAAAUCGUGAGGGACGAACGAUAUUCCAAAUCCGUGGACAUGUGGGCCUUGGGUUGUGUCUUGUACACCCUACUUUGUGGAUUCCCACCGUUCUAUGAUGAAAGUAUCGAGGUGCUCACACAAAAAGUUGCCAAGGGACAAUACACGUUUUUGAGUCCAUGGUGGGAUCCUAUUUCAGAAGAAGCCAAAGACUUGAUCGGCCACUUGCUAUGUAUCAAUCCUGAAGAACGCUAUACAAUCGAUCAAUUUAUGAAACAUCCUUGGAUGAAGAAGAAACCACUUGGCACUAUUGCAGAAUCACCUUCCAUCCAUACGGCUGAAUCCAGUGAUCAGUUGACACCACAAAGUACGGGUCAUAUGUCGCCACAGAUUGCAGCAACAACACCUGAAGCUCUUGACAUCCCUGGAGCAACAACACUCGAAACACCAGCACAUGAACGUAACAGACGUGAUGUAUUCUCGGGUCUACCUUCCAUGAAAGAAGUCUUUGAUGUUUCAUAUGCGGUCCACAGAAUGGCGGAAGAACGAUCUCGGCGAAAAGAAAUUAGACGUCGUCAACAACAACAACAACAAGCAUCAUCCAAUUUCACUUAUCCCAACAUGAUGGGCAAUAUCGAUGACGAUGACGAUGAUGACGAUGACGACGACGAUGACGAUGAUCAAGAAAAUAUUGCACCUCCACCCAAUGUGUCAUCACAUGACGAACCUACCAGCUUGUUGCAAAAGAUGCAGCGUGACAAAAUUACUCAGCAAAUGGACAAGCCUACAGUGAGCACGAAGCGAUCAUCAGCCCAUAAGAAGGCCAAGCCUACCUUUGAACUUAACAUGAAGAACGCCAGCUUGAUUGAUCGUCGUCGAAGGCAGCAAAAGGAGGAGAAGAACGAGCAAUAG